CUGACUUCAACCAAAUUUGAGCCGAAUUAGCUAUAAUAAUUGAUAUUGUAUUUCUUUCUAUCCACAGUAACUAUAAGCCGUUAGUCUUCUCAUUGGUGUGGUUUAAGGAUAAUAUUUUUAAAUAAAAAAAUGUCACAGGGCCAAUGGAAGCACGACCUAUUUGGGUGCUUUAGCAACAUCAACCUAGCGCUACAGACGUGGAUCGUUCCUUGUGUAACGUACGGACAAAACACCGAGGGCGCGGAACUGUGUAGCUGUGUCGUGGGCGGUCUUGCAUAUUACGUUCCGGGCUACAACCUGUUUCUUAAAGCGAAAACUCGAGAAGCUAUUCGCGAAAAAAGGGGCAUUCCUGGAACAUUCGGCAACGAUUGUUUGAUGUCGAUAUGCUGCGGUUACUGCACGCUGAUUCAGGAGAACGCUGAAAUGUUUGAGCAGACGUCUGUCAAUAUGGCCCGAGAAUAGGAACAGCGACGACUUCUGCCUCGACGUUUAAGCGUACGAACUAUUUAAACACAUACUCGCUCGAUUAUAGAAAUAAUGUUUGUGUGAAUAAAUCCUUUCAGCAUCUUG